AUGUCGCUCGCGUUCGCCCGCGCGCGCGCGACGCCUUCACGCACCGCCGUCCCGUCGCGUCUCCACCGUCGCCCGUCGCGUGCGCGACGCGUCGUCGCCGCGAGCGACGCGCGCCGGUGUGGUCAAAAAGUGUGCGAUGCCGUCACCGUCGCCGGUGUCACCGACGACGACGACGCGUCGACGCGCGCCGAGAAGUCGACGUCGCUGCGAUCGACGCCCGCGGGGGCGGUGAGCGCGCUGGCGCUGUGGAACCUUUCCGAUGGAUCGCUCGCGGAGGGCACGUCGAACUCGUACUACGCGACGCUCUUCUUAUUCAUCCUGAGCGCGCCCGGGUUGUACUCGUUGGUGAAACGGAGCGCGAAGAGUAAGAUUGCGAGAAAGACGUUCGAGGUGGAUGGACCGAGCGUGCGCGGGGCGACGCCGCAGGAUGAGCUGGCGAAGGAUAUUUUUACGUUUUUCAAGAGGAACAAUUACGUCGUCGCCGACGCGGGCGAGGUCAUCACGUUCGAGGGAAACAUCGCCCCGGAACGCGGUACCGCGGCGUACAUCACGUUUUGUGUGUUGAUAGGACUGUUGUGCGUCGGUUUGGUGUGCUCGAUCGCUUUGCCUGGUGGAGACGCGUGGUACGCCUUGGCGCUCGCGUCGCCGCUCUCGGGCAAGUAUUACCUCGACAACGCCGGACGCAAAGAGCAGGUCAAGGUGAAGAUGGUGACCUCGGACGACGACGCGACGAUCGAUAUUACGAUCGAGGGUGACGCGGAUGAGAUAGAACGAUUCAGAAGAGAGAUGGAUCUCACGCCCAAGGGUAUGGUUCGAGUCAAGGGCAUCUUGGAGAAGGCGUGA